ACUGAAUCAGAUUCGAAAAGGUCUUUCUCGAUUUUUAGAAAAGAAGAUUGAAGAAUAGUUACUGAUGUCUGCUGCAGAUGAUGAGAUUAUGAAGGUUAAUGUCUUUGAAUCCCCUGAUUAAAGAUGUUAAAGCUCUUACAUUUGAUGUGGAAGAAUUUUUCACGCAGUGUAAUCCUGGACUUAUCCGGUAUAUGGUUCAGCAACGUAUGGAUCCAAACCAGUGGCAUGCUGCAAUAUGUAUAGAUACAAUGGAGGUUAUAAAGCCUAUGGAUGUGUUUUGGAUGCUCAAGAUCCUAACAUGUAUUCUUAUCGAGGCUAUGACAGUCCUGGAUAAUCAACAACACCAACAACAGUGAUCUGAUUAGGUAGUCAGAAUCAGUUGAUUAGUUCUCAGAAAGUUGCAUUUUCAAAUGACCUUCAGAUAAUGUUGUUUCAGUGUUGCAGAGGGAAAAAACCUUCACUGGUUUGCUGCACAGCCGCAGUUCUGACCUACGAUGGAUUGCGUUAAAAAUCCGGCAAGAAUUGCAAUGACUGGGAAAAGUUUCAUGUAGCUAAGAGCCACCAUUAUGAUCUGCUGGAUGGAGUAAGAAUGUAAUAGGGUAAUAAGUGUUUCGAGUAUGAGAAACUUUGGAACAACACACUUUGUAUUUAUAGAUUUAGUUUUGUAUUUAAAAAUUGUUUUUCUGUUUUUCUGUUUCCUUUCUGCCUUUUUUUCCUGUAGAAAGCAUUUUGUUCCGUUAAUAGUCAAUAUUAUCUA